AAGCCGCAGCCCAGCCCGGGCGGGCAGUCGUCCUGCAGCAGUGACCACUCGCCCCUGGGCAGCACCACCAACAACGACAGCGGCGUGGAGAUGGCAGGGAACGCUGGUGGCAGCUACGAGGACCUGUCCACGCUGGAGGAUGUGGUGCCCGGGGAGCCCAUGGGCACCUCGGGGCUCAUGGCCCUCCACAAGCUGGAGAACCUUCGCAUCGACAAACUGAAGCAGCUGAGGAAACCCGCGGCUUCCAAGGGCCUGAACCUGCCACCCAUCCCUGGAGCCGGCCUGCCCGGGGAGGUGCCCGGGCUCCCGGUGCCCCCCCCGGCCUCUCACCGGCGCAUCGCGGAGCUGUCGGCGGCGGAGCUGGGGCUGGUGGCCCUGGGCGAGCGCCGGAGCAGCGGCACCAGCACCGUCAGCUCGGCCUACACCGUGAGCCGCCGCUCGUCCCUGGUGUCCCCGUACCCGCCGUGCCCGGCCGAGGGGGCGGCGAUGCCCGGCGGGACGUGCCCGGCCGACGGCUACGACCCCACGGCCUCUCCCGACGAGUCGCGGCGCUCCAGCGGCGCCAGCCUGUGCGGGGCCCUGCCGGGGGUGGGCAACCUCACCCCUGCCCAGCGCUACCGCCUCAAGGCCAAAUACGCCGCGGCCACGGGCGGGCCCCCCCCGACCCCUCUGCCCGGCGUGGAGCGGGUGGCCCCGGGCGGCCCCGGCGCUGUGCCCACGGGAUACCCCGCGCCCGCCGGGCCCCGCUGUGUGCCCAAUGGGCUGCCGCGAAGGCACAGCUCCAACGACCACCCCGGCUACCCGGGCAGCGUGCCCCCUCGCCUGGUGCCCCGGCACGGCGUCCGGCGGGCGAGCGACCCCGCCCGGACCGUGGCCAAGCCUCCGGCCGUGCCCAGGGUGCAGCGGUUUAAGAGCGUGGGGAACGUGAGCGCGCCGGGCGCGGGCAGGACGGCGCUGCAGCCCCUGGGCGGCUCCGAGGCCAACCUGCAGCGCCACGGCUUCUCCCCCCGGCCCCCCAGCAUCACCGAGAACGUCUUCCUGGAGAGCGUGGGGGGCCCCGGGCCCGGCCUGCUGGAGAUGGAGCAGUACCUGAGCUAUCCCGAGGAAAGCUUCCCGUGCCCGGGCGUGGAGCUCCAGGGUGGCAUCUACGGCGCUCAGCGGACCAUGGGGGGCACGCACGGGGACGUGGAGGAGGGGCUGCUGCAGCCCGAGUUCUCCCUCCCCCAGUGCCAGAUGAACCAGCACUUCCCCAGUUUGCCAGCUGGGAAUGGGGCCGUGCCAGUGCCUUGGGAAGGACCCGCCCCAGGCACGCUGGACAUGAGCUCCGGGCAAAGCGUCGGCGCCGCUGCCACCAUGUCCGGGCCACACUGUCCCCAUCAGAGCACCGAGUACCCCCACGCCGGUUCCUGUGGGCAGCAUCCCAAACUGGCGAGCUCGUGCCAGGACGGCGGAUUUCCCGGGGGGCACCGAUCUUACCGCCUGCAGAUCAAAUCCGAGCAGCGAUACCCGGCGCCCGCCCCAGCACUUGCUCCCUGCCCCGGUGCCAAACUGGCCGGGCCCCCGCCGCCCCCCCCGGCCUUUGGCCAUGCCAUGGACGUGGGGCCGGGCGGGUACCCCCCUGCGGGACCGGCGCCGGGCGGGUACAUGGGCAUCGCCAGCCCGGGCGCCCGCAGAGCCCAGACCCCCACCCUGCAGACCAAAGAAGUGAUGGUCCGGAGCUACGUGGAGGCCCAGCAGGCGCUGAUGUGGGGGGAGCAGCCCCCCUCCAAGGGAGGGGCAGCUGGCACGGGGCUGGGCGGCGAGCCCGGGCAGUGCCAGGCCAUGCCGGCGCCGCCGUACCUCAGCCCCAGGUACUGCGGGUACCAACCCAAACCCGAUCACCUGCAGGGCCUGGCGGAGCCCCAGCACCUCCUGAGCCCCCCGUGCUUCAACCCCGAGAUGGUCCCACACCCUCCAGGUGGCCCGAAGCCGCCGGGUCACCCGACCGGCCUGAGUUACAGCCUGGCACAGCCGGGGCCCGGCUACGACGGGGUGGACACCAACUCCCGGCACCUGCUGCGCUUUCCCCCCGCCCGCCCCGUGCCCGAGGGGCCUGGGAACCCCCCGGGGUACUACCCAGGCCAGAGCACCCACGGGCAGGCGGGCAAAGGCGGGCACAAGCUGCUGGGCCACGUGGCAGCGAGCUGUGGGGGUCCCGGGCACUACGGCGGGGGCUCGGAGGGACUCAAAGGCACCUCCUGUUACUACCUGGACUCGGGGGAGCAGGUGUCCAACAGCCUCGACUCCCUGGACCUGGAGAACACGCACCUUGACUUUGCUGCCAUCGUGGAGGACGAGGAGCCCCCCCCGGCGCUGCCCGGCCCCCCCAGCCCGGCCGGGGGGCUCCUGCUGCCCUCGCCCGGGGGUGCCAACAUGGCAGUGGGGGACAUGAGCUCCAUGCUGAGCACGUUGGCAGGGGAGAGCCACUUCCUCAACUCCCUGUCCUGA